UUUGACAGAAAUCUGAAAAUGCUCGGCUCUACAAGCGAUUACGGGACAAUGUCAAACCAAAUCGAGGGUUUGGACGAGGAUAGGCUGGAAGAUAUGAUCCCUGGAUUAAACCUCCGCGCUGAAUCUCAAACUAUUUUCAAUGAUAUCAGCAUUGAGGAGCGACGGGAAAGAAUCCAAUCCAUCCUGAGUGAAAUAAUGUCGGUUCCAAGACUUUCCGAAGCAACCCUAACUCACAGAUCGACACGGAAGGAUGAUAAAAAUCCUAAAUCUCAUCGAGGAAGUGCUAUUUCAAGUGUUCGGAACGGUAAGGUGUCAGUCCUACGUAGUAUCAGCACUCCCAAACUAGAUUUUAUCCCAGAGAAGAAACCAGAAAAGAAGAAAAUAUUAAAACCUAGAUUUGUUCCGAAAUCUACCGCAGGUGGUGGUGGCGCAAGUGGCGCAUCUGUAAAAGCUUCCAAUCUUGGUAACGACACUCAGAACGAGCUAAGAUUCAAUCCCCCAACAUUCGGCGACGAAACAACAGUAUCGAACUCCCGAGCUAGUUUUAACGACAGCCGAACCUCAGAAACCUCCCAGGAACAAGGAGAACGUCCGACAAACUUUGUCUGGGAAAACAUUCGAAGUUCGUCGGCGGCCACCCAUAAGUCUGUGGUGCGCGAAGAGCCCGAGCUACCUCCAAUUAAGCAUAAAUCUGGAAUAGUUCCUAAAUAUUUAAAAGCUCGCCAGCGGCAGUGGAGGGAUGAAGCUCAAGCUGUGAUUGAUAAUACUCCUGAUGUGGAUUGUCCCCCAGGACAUAUUAAACUAGGAGAUGAGGAGAGACUGAACCAACUCCAAGAGUUUAAAUCCACCCAUCAAUCUCUACUUAGUGAUCUCAACAAGCUCCCGGUCAGUUCGGAUACCCGGAGAGUCAGGGAGAAACGAGCCCAGAUAGAAAACCUUCUGUUACAGCUGGAGGAGGGGAUAAGAACAUAUUCAAGACCAAAAGUUUUUAUUAAAAAAGACGAAUAGUAAAAAUUGUAAUUAUUUAUUGAUUUGAAUUCAUUCCCUUUAGUUUUACAGAACGACCAUGUAUAAAAUAAAUUUAUAUUAAGUUUUAA